UAACUUGAAAUUUCUCUUUUCUUCCUGCUCUAGGUCUCUGAACUAAAAAAGAAUCUGCUUCUCAUGCAGCCAAAAUAGGUUCUUUUUUCAGUUAAGGAUUUGAGGUUUAUGAAACAUGUCAAUAAACAUGCCCAAGGAAAAACUUGCUUGUUCCAAAAAUAUCAGGCAGACUUUUCUAGUUAAGAAAAGUCAUCCUAGCAUAUGGUGUGUUUCUUUUAAGAUGCAAAAUAUACAUAUACUGAGAUGAACCCUCUGGAGGAACUUUGAGGCAGUAGCUCUUGCUUUUAAAGCUUCUGUCUUCAUUUGUUUCAGCAGACAUUUACAUUCUGAAGAUUUUUCUUUCCAAUGUCUAAAAGAUAUUCGUGGUGCCCUGCCAAACUGUUGUUGACAAUCUGUUCCUUGUAGGACACUGUUAUAUAUAAAUAGCGCCUUUUUUUAUAUCUAAUUUUUUCAAGCCAGGAGAAACAUUCAGAUUUGCUUUCAGCAUGAGUCUAGAAUAACAUUGUCUCUGGCAUAGUAGUUGUUGUAGUCUUGUAUGACAACUGUUGUACACAUUGUUUUACAUGACUGAGGCUGCAGAGUGGGGUUUCUGUGUGAUUGACGUGUUUGUGCUUGUAGGGCUGCCUGAUGGGUAUUUUCAGUGCCUCACUUGCUGUGGCAGUAACCUGUGUUCAGUGCCGCCACGCCACUGUGACCUUCAGACAGACCAGCAAAAAAAAAUCCAUCUUGUUUUCUCAGCAUCCCAAAAGACAAUUAGGAAUGGUUGCCUGAGCAACAUAACAUCGUUGUCCAGUGCCACAGGGAUGGCUGUGAUGCCAGUUGGACUGUUCUCCCAGAAAUGGCACGCUUCCAUGCACAAAACAGUGCACUAGCAAAGGAAUGUUUUUGCUUCCCAUUUGUUUUUCAUCUUUGCUUGGACUCUCUUCUGCUGAAGUGGUAGAAAAUAAGCAAAGGCACAGAGUAAACAGAGGAGUAGAGGAUAAAAAAAAAGGGCAACAUGAACAAAGAAAGGAAUCCUGUGGGAAAGAGAGGUGGAGUUCAGCUGAGACUGACUUUCCCUUUGGCUGCCCAUAAGCUGUGAAACAGAAGGAUGCAGAAGACGAUCCCCUGCAUUUUUGUCCAUGAGUGAUAAGAGCACAAGAUCAUUAAUACAAGUCUGCUACAAAGAUGAGUUCAGAGGAGAAGAGUAUAUCUCCAGCUCACAAAACAUCCACUCCAUCACAUAGAAGUGCCUCCUCCUCAUCAUCAUCUCAGAGAGACAGGAGGCAGAGUGUUCAUAUUUUGGAGCGAAAGGCUUCUUCAGGAAGCACAGACCCUUCUUUAAGCAAGCAGUUCCUUGAAAGUGAUCAUCUCUCUCUAUCCAAGGAACCUGACAGCUGGGAAAUCAUAGAGGGUCUGAAAAUAGGCCAGACCAAUGUCCAGAAGCCAGACAAACAUGAAGGUUUCAUGCUGAAGAAGAGAAAAUGGCCAUUAAAAGGUUGGCACAAGAGGUUUUUUGUCCUGGAUAAUGGAAUGUUGAAAUAUUCAAAGUCACCAAUUGAUAUACAGAAAGGAAAGGUCCAUGGGAGCAUUGAUGUUGGUUUAUCAGUCAUGUCUAUUAAAAAAAAGGCUCGCAGAAUAGAUCUUGACACCGAAGAACAUAUCUAUCACCUAAAGGUGAAAUCACAGGAUUCAUUUGAUGCGUGGGUUUCAAAGUUGCGGCACCACCGGUUGUACCGUCAGAAUGAGAUUGUGAGAUCUCCCAGGGACGCCAGCUUCCACAUAUUCCCCUCAGCAUCUACUACAGAGUCUUCACCAGCUGCCAAUGUUUCGGAUGGAAAGGUCCAACAGAAUAACUUCCCCUGGCAGCCUCCUAUACCUUGCAGUAACAGCCUUCCUGUCACCUGCACUACUGGUCAGAGUAAAGUAGCAGCCUGGUUGCAGGACUCUGAAGAGAUGGACAGAUGUGCAGAAGAUCUUGCUCAUUGUCAGUCUAACCUUGUGGAACUCAGUAAACUUCUUCAAAAUUUAGAAAUUCUACAGAGGACUCAGUCAGCACCAAAUUUCACAGACAUGCAGGCUAACUGUGUAGAUAUUUCAAAGAAAGACAAGCGGGUCACGAGACGAUGGAGAACAAAAAGUGUCAGCAAAGAUGCAAAAAUUCAACUUCAGGAAGGGCCGGCACCGAAGGGCCAGUUCAGCACAACACGACGCCGGCAGAGACUGGCAGCUGCAGUGGCUACAACAGUCCCUUUCAGUGCUACGAUGUCACCCGUUCGAUUGCAUUCAUCCAACCCCAACCUCUGUGCAGACAUUGAGUUUCAGGCUCCCCCAAGCCAUGUGGCAGACCCUCUGGAGUGCUCUACUGAGUACAUGAAGCUUCAAGAAGAAUUCUGCUUGAUGGCACAAAAAGUGCAUUCUCUUUUGAAGUCUGCCUUUAACAGCAUAGCUAUAGAGAAGGAGAAGCUUAAACAGAUUGUUUCAGAGCAGGAUCUUACAGGCCACAAUGCUCAAAUAGCUCACCUCAGACAGUCCCUCUCUCAGGCUCUCAACCAGAAUGCUGAACUAAGGAGUCGCUUGAACAGAAUACAUUCAGAAUCUGUUAUUUGUGAUCAGGUUGUCAGUGUAAAUAUUAUCCCUAGUCCUGAUGAGACGGGUGAACAAAUUCAUGUCAGUUUGCCACUGUCUCAGCAAGUUUCUAAUGAAAGCAGGCUCUCUAUGUCUGAAUCUGUUUCAGAGUUCUUUGAUGCACAGGAAGUGCUUCUAUCUGCCAGCUCGUCAGAAAAUGAGGCUUCUGAUGAUGAAUCUUAUAUCAGUGAUGUGAGUGACAAUAUAUCUGAGGACAACACCAGUGUUGCAGACAACAUUUCUCGGCAAAUUCUUAAUGGUGAGCUGACAGGAGGCGCAUUCAGAAAUGGACGGAGGACUUGUCUCCCAGCUCCCAGCCCUGACACCAGUAACAUCAAUCUGUGGAAUAUUUUGAGAAAUAACAUUGGCAAAGAUCUUUCCAAAGUAUCCAUGCCAGUUGAGCUAAAUGAACCUCUGAAUACCUUGCAACAUCUUUGUGAAGAGCUGGAAUACAGUGAGCUCUUGGACAAGGCUGCUGAAACAGAUGAUCCUUAUGAGCGCAUGGUUCUCAUAGCUGCCUUUGCAGCAUCAGGCUAUGCCUCUACGUACUUUAGAGCAGGAAGCAAGCCAUUUAACCCAGUGCUUGGUGAAACUUAUGAAUGUAUUAGAGAAGACAAAGGAUUUCGAUUUUUCUCAGAGCAGGUUAGCCACCAUCCUCCCAUUUCGGCCUGUCACUGUGAAUCGAAAAACUUUGUGUUUUGGCAAGAUAUCAGGUGGAAAAACAAAUUCUGGGGGAAAUCAAUGGAAAUUCUGCCUGUUGGAACCUUGAAUGUGACUCUUCCAAAGUAUGGAGAUUACUAUGUCUGGAACAAAGUCACUACUUGCAUACAUAAUAUUCUUAGUGGAAGGAGAUGGAUAGAGCACUAUGGAGAGAUAACUAUCAGAAACACAAAAAGCAGUGUUUGUAUUUGUAAACUCACUUUUGUCAAGGUGAACUACUGGAAUUCAAAUGUAAAUGAGGUCCAGGGCAUUGUGAUAGAUCAAGAAGGGAAGGUGGUUCACCGCCUUUUUGGAAAGUGGCAUGAAGGCCUCUAUUGUGGGGUUGCACCUUCAGCCAAAUGCAUAUGGAGGCCAGGCUCCAUGCCAACCAAUUAUGAGCGUUAUUACGGCUUCACAAGGUUUGCUAUUGAGCUCAAUGAAUUAGAUCCUUUACUGAAAGAUCUUCUUCCUGCAACAGAUGCACGAUUCAGGCCAGAUCAAAGGCUUCUGGAGGAAGGAAAUAUAGAAGCAGCAGCAUCUGAGAAACAAAGAAUAGAGGAACUCCAAAGAGCUCGGAGGCGGUACAUGGAAGAAAAUGGCAUUGAAUAUGUACCCAAGUUUUUUAAAAAAGUUAUUGAUGCUAAUCAAAGAGAAGCCUGGGUUACCAAUGAAACCUACUGGGAACUGCGAAAGGAUCCUGGCUUCAGUAAAGUAGACAUUCCUGUACUCUGGUAAACUGAGAAUGUAGACCUAGUAAACAUAUCACUCUGAAGAAAAAAAAUAACUAUGCACAAUAUGUUUCUUAUAGCUAAGUGUGGUUUGUGGGUCUACGGAAAAACCAUAUCAUAUACAUUUAUAUUCAUCUUUAUAAUGGACUUUUGGAAGUGCAUUAGACCAGGCCCCUGACCACUUCUGGAUCUUUCUAAUUUUGCAGCAGCCAUCAAAACUAAAAAAAAAAAAAAAAAAAAAAAGAAAAAAAAAGAAAAAAAGGGAAACAGAAACCUUUUAAAGUUUCAUACACUGAAAAUUCUGAAAUCAAGAAGCAGAUGAGAUAUCCAAAGUCACUCGGAAGAGGUGGUAAGCGCAAAACUGCAACCGGUGCUUUAAACAGACAUUAAGAGUAAUACAAUUUAAAUUAAAAAAAAAAAAAAAAAGAGAAAAAAAAUCCAUUUUGUUUCAACUAUUUUUGUUAAAAACUCUUGGGUCACAACACUGUCAUUUCUGGCUUCAGGUUAGUCCUUUGGUGUGAUGUGCUUGGACUGGCCUUUGUCAAAAAGAUAUGCUUUUCUGGAAGCUGUUCCCAUUCAUAUGCCAUUGUUCAUGCCUUAACAAAAUAUGAAGAUGUACAUUAAGUAAUUUUAAAAUAUAUAUGCUUAGGCUUGUGUGAAGGGCAGAUUUUUAAAGCUCUAGAAUUUUAUCACACUAUAAAUACUGGAAGACCUGCAUUAUUUGAAAUCAAAAGAUAACCAAACAUCUUUCAGAGGUAUGAGACCUACUGUACUUGCUUUAGCUUUGGGAUGCUGACUGUAUAAUCAGACUGAAAAGAAACUGCUAGCUGGUUGAAUUUCAAUUUAGGUAAAUGCAUAUGAGUUGCUAGUCAGAAAGUUCAUAUUCUAAAUGACUGAUGCUGAGAUGCAGUCAUCACAUUUACUACUGCCUGGACAUAGAUCUCUCAGUGAAUCUCAUUUUCCCCUAACUGUUUAUACAAUUAGAAAUAUCUGAAGCUUUGCAACAGUGAUAAAAGCACAGAAAGAUUUCAUGUGAAGGUCUCUGGCUUCCCUCCAGAAGCUGGAUAGUACUGUAAAUGCAACUGUUUUCUGCCACACACACUUUAUUUUCCUGGCUCUGUUUUUUCCCCAUCCACUUUUCUUGUCUAAAAUUAUGUUUGAAAGUAUGGCAGAGGCUCCCACGUGUUACUUGUGUUGCCAAAACAGCUUUUGUGCAAAAUAUACUUUACAUUUGUUUAUAAAGUGGUUCUAUAUUUUUUGAUUAAAAACAAAGUCUCUUAUGUGUUGCUAAGCCUCAGUUAAUAUAAGUGGGAGAAGACUUGGCACUUUCUAUUUGAAAAUAUCUGAAACAUUAAACAGUAGGAGGGCAGAUCUUAAUGCAAGAAAAAAAACAGUAAUUUAGUAGAUAAGAGCUAAGUUCCAUAUGGGAUGAUCUAGUCUUCCAUUUGUGCAUGUGUUACACAUCCCACCACUGGUGAUAUCUUAGAUUAUUUCAUGUACAGAGUCUGUAUUCCUUUCUGCCCAUACAUGACAUACAAUUUUUCUAUUUAAGAUUGAUUCCAGUCCUGAGACCAGAAAUAAAAUUACUAGAUAGAUAUGUGAUCUGCCAGCAGAGCUGCUUGAACAGUUGUCAGUGCAUUACCACACAUCCCCAGCUCUCAGCCUGCCUCUUCCUUUUUCCAAGUCAGGUCCCCAUACAACUGAGAUUACUUUGGUCAUUUAAUGUUAACUUAGACCUUGCUGUUGAUCAGAUAGCAGAGUAACAAGCAGGGCAACUAGCUGCUAAUCAGUUACAAUUUCUUCACACACUUCUGUUACCAGAAAGAACUACGAAAACCUACAGAAAGUAUUAAGUAGACUUUUUAUGAAUUGAGAAUGUGCAUGAAUUUUUAAGAAAAAUUUGGUAUAAAAAUCCCUGUGUAGAUUAAUGGGAUUUCUUCCAAAGAAAUUUUUAAAUUAUUCAAAGAAUGUUAUCUUUCUCUUUCCUAGUUGAACUUAGUCUGAUUUAUUCUUAUUUUAGUUCUGCAAUUGUUAUUAUAAGAAAAUGAAAAUAAAUCAAAGUUGGUUUUUAAAAUAAUAUUUGGUUAAGGACAUCCUGCUUGGUUUAACAAUAUUACACUAGAAAUCAAUUUGGCACAUUGUGUGUAAAAUAGCAACUAAUUAUUCUGUGUAGUCUUCUUUAAAGCCAACUCUGUUAAACAUUUGCCCAUCUUUUGCUCCAGUCCUUGUGUGCAGUUCACCGUGAUAUGAGGAAGUAUUAUUUGUGUAUGACUGCAAGCACAUUUAAGGGACAGAACUGCAUGUCCUCAAAUCUUUAAUUUAAAUACAGAAAAGGUCUUCAGUUUUACAGCAUCCUGGCAGUGCUCUGUGAAUGCCAUUAUGUGCAAUGCAAACUGAAACUUGGUGGACAUUAAAAAGGCUAUCACUUAAUUGUUUUUUACAAUUGUUCAUUUGACACUCAUUGAAAGAAAAAUAAUGCUAACAUUUCUAAAAUCUAGAAAAUCUGUGAUAUGCUAAAUCUUUCUAUUGAAGGCACUUUCUAAGCCAAGAGGAUGUUAAAUUAGUUACUUAGUAAGUAGAAAAGACACAAAAUUAUGCAACCCAAGAUAUUUGCAGUCUAUAUCAGAAAUGAAAAAGUUCAAGCAGAUGUACCAUGAAGCAGUUUUUCACAGUGCAGAAUUCUCUGUAUUCUGUGUAAAAUCUCUUACUGCAUUUUUCCUCUAACAUUGGCAGACAUCAUGGAAUAUUUUGUGCUGUUUCUAAUGUGGAUAGGUAUGAGGGCUUUUAUUCAAAUUGUAAUCUUUAGUCAACCUGUGACGUUUCCCAGCAUUGAGUGAGAGGGCAUGGUGAGUUUUCCCCAUCCCCUGCCUGUGUAGUGCAGAAUUGAGUAUCCCAUGCUGCAAGGAGAGUGCACCACUGGCUGUUCUGCAGCCUGGCACUUUUUGUAAAUGCUGUCUGGUUUUUGGCAGGGUUGCUGCUCAGGCAUCUCUUCCCAGCAUGAGGGAUUUUUCCACUCCAGGAACAGACCUUUUCACUUCUAUUGAACCUGGUGAAGUGUUUCCUGGCCCAGUCCUCAAGCUGAGCAGUGUCCUUGUAGUUGAAGCUUUGCCAUUUGGCAUGCCAUCUCAUCCUCCUAAUUUGAUGUCAUCUGUGAGCUAGUUAUCAUGUAUCACCAUAUCCUUGUCCAGGUCACUGGUGAGAUUUGAUUGACAUGGCCACAGAACUGACCCCUGCAGGGCUGUCCUCAUUGCUGGCUGCCAGCAGGGCAGGAACCAUUGAUCACUGAGUGUCCUUCAAGGCUGGGAUUCAAGCAGUUUUCAGCCCCACUCACUCCAUUCAUCCUGGCAAUAUUUCCUUUUGGAAGGCAUGGAAACCACUAUCCAACUCAGUAGAUUUAAUUGCUGUAUGGUUGGUAAGUGUUGAAAAUUAGUGUAAAUCAUUUGACACAUAAAACUUUUUAUGUCACUUGCUCUCACUAGUAAAGGGAACAUUUGUGUACUCUUGUUUUGCUGGAUUUUAGACAUUGGUGCAACAAUAAAGAAGAGCUAUUUUACACGUGUUGGCAGCAGUUGUAAUCUGAGGAAUGAAUGUUGUUGGAUGCCAUUAGUAAUAAUGGAGCUGCAUAAUUAAAGCAAAGGAGAGGUUUUCAGAUUAAAUCCAUCUGACAGUGUGCUUGUAUUCAUGUGCUAAAAUGUUAGGAGGGGUUAAACUAGAGAGUUUUGCCCACCUAGGGGAAUAAGUUUAAUAUUGACAAAAGUGUAUGAGAAACACUGGAAUGGCCUCACUGGUAACCUUGUGUUAUACACAGACCCCUGAGAAAGCUCAGGAAAUUUGCUAUGUCAUAACCACGUACCUUGGCAUCUACUGAAAAACACUGCCUUGUUUUUUCUUUCUGUCUGUCAUUAAGUAACACUCAUCAAAACUGUAUAAAACUUAAAUUAACGCUUCAGUGCAAAUAUUGAUAUUUUCAAGGUAUAUUUAGUAUAAAAAGUAAUAUAAUUUUCUACUUCAGCAUUCCUGGUUGCUUUUAUGGUAAUUUGGAUACCAGCCAGUAUUUUCAUGAAGAAAGCGUGGGGUUUUUUUUCUUUUUUCUUUUCUUGUCCUUUUUUUUCUCUAUUGGAAGAAUCUAGACUGUGUUAAUAAAGGUAUAAUUAUUCCUGGUGAGAGUAUCUCCAUAAGCUCCAUUACAACAGUUACUGGCAUCCAGGAGAAUGCUGCAAAUCUGAGUAAGGUCAGAGGAAUUUACAGCAUUUUAUCUUAUUUUUGUAUUAUAUAUUGUAAGGAACCUACUUGCAAAAGCAAAUACAUUAUUUACUCUUAAACUAGGGCACGUAAAACCUUUAUUCAUUUGCUUUAGUAGAAACAAUAUAUUUCUUUCAUUAAACUGAAAAGUAUCUUUAGAAAAGGAUUUUUAUAGUUUCUUGCAAGUUUAAAAGUAAUAUUGAUGUACUUGUGUUUCAUAUACCAGCCUCCUACUUUGUCAAAUUUUGUGAUGUUAUAAACUCACUAUCUAUAAUUUUUAAAUUUUUUUUAAACUUUCCUUGCAAUCUUUGUGAAAUCUCAGAAAAGAAAGGCAAGGGAGAGACAACAAUGCAGAAUGGUGAAACUUGUCACAGAAGUUCUGUCAGUGUGAGACAUAACAAAAGAGAAAGUUUUCUAACUUGUAGGAAUUAAACUGUCAACAGAGCUGCUGGAUUCAUUUUAGGCUGGUUAUCUUAAUGACAUUUUUCUUUCCACUGAUCCAUGGGAUGAAAAAAGGAAAAUUGGAGACAUUUGCUUAGAAUUAAUGAUGAAGGUGAAGGGAAAUUUUCACUCCUUUCAUAAAUAAAAAAUUACUGUAGCCAGCAUUUGGCUGAAGAUGUCUUGGUAACUUGGACCAGAAAGAGAGUUACAUAGUCUGAAUAUAUAAUCAGCAGUGUGAAUAAUUCAUUGAAGUAUGGUAAAGCUUCUUAUUGGUAUUCCUGGAGCAAUGACUCAUGUCUCCUGUGAAACACUAAAAUGUGUUUUCCUAUUGACUGCUACUUUUAGUGGUCGGUAUUAGUGAAAGAGGAUAUCUUAUGCUAGUGUAUAAUGUUGCUGGCCCAGAACAUUAGGCAUGCAAAAUGGGAAGAGGUGAGGAAAUUCCUUCAGAAACUCAGAAAUGGGUAAAUUAUCUGAAAAUCAAAAUUAUGUGCUCUGCAAGAGCAGAGCACAAUGGCACGUACUCAGCCAGAACUUCACUGAGCUACUUGCUUCUGGUGUCAGUCAGUGUAGCUACACAUGCAACCUCUUGUUCUGAAAUUGCAUCUCUUUUUAGGAUUGUGCUUGUGUCCCAAGGGUUGCUUUGUCAUGUCCACCAAGAAUAAUCAGUGGUUGAGUCAGGACUGCAAACGCAGAUUUUUUGUCUAGUAGUCCUGUGCUGAAUGCUCUCUCUUUCUUGUUAAAGUCACCUGAACAAAGAAUAUUAUAGUAAUGUUAACAUAGUGAAUACAGGGUUAAUCCUCAGUAUUUUCCAGGGAAAGAAAAAUUCAGGAUAGCUUCUUUAACUAUGUGGAAGAAAUACAGAUUAUGUCUUCUAUUAUCCUUGUGUUUACUUAAUAUUUUAUUAAAUAUUUUGAGAUUGGAUCACAAUUAAUAUAUUUAAAUUACUUUAUCCCCCAUCUUUAAGUUGACAUUGAAAAUUGUCAUUCCAAUUUGACGUUAGAAAAUAACUCUAUUUCGUUUUUGAAAUAGGUGCUACUUGUAUUCUUUAGCAGUUGAGAUACAGUACAACAAAUUCAGAUCACAAUAAAUUUUCUUUUCUGCUGAGUCUCACAGAAGACCUGACUGAGCAGAAAAAUAAACGCUGAUGAGUGUAUUUUGGUAUGCAAGCAAAAAUGCAAACUUCUACCUUAGUAAGCUUUAUCUCUAAUUAGCAAAGACACUGUUCUUGUUUCUUUUUAAUAAUUUCUAGACUACUUACUUUCAAACAUUUUUUUCCACACUAAGAAUUAAUCUGAUGGAGUUUGAUUUUUACAAAGUAAACCGUGUUUGAAAUUCUGCAGACAUGAAGGUUGGUGUUCAUGUCAUGCUAAAUGUCCACUUCUUAAGGUGAACCACUAAAAUUUCACUCUCAGGCCAAAAAUAUAUAUCAGUGGGCUUUUCCAGUGGAUUCUUCUUUGUUUAUGGAUUUGUGUCUAUGUUGUUUACUGUAAAAUAAGUAAGAAGUCAAGCUGCCAGCAUUUGAUGUCUGAAAUAUUUUUCUUCCCCAGAAUUGCAUAGCAAACUACCUGUUCUUUAUCUGUUACUGUAGAUUGUCUGAAGGGAUACUUUAUUUAGCACAUGAAAAGCCAUCAUCAAAUGAAACUCAUGUGGUAUCAAGAAUGAUUAUUAUAAUAGUUCUGUACUACGAUGAUAGUUCUGUUAUGUAUAUUUUAUUUGUUGCAGCCAGUAGCAAGACUUCUCUGGGUCUAUGUCUACUUUUCUUCUUAUAAUAAACUGGUGAUUUAUAAUUUCUCAGUAGUCAACAGCAAAGAAUUCCGUAUUUUCUCUCACUUUUGCACAAAGGCUAAUAUAAAUUUGGAAUAAUGUCACACUUUUUUGGUGUGAUUAGAUCCCAUCUGCACAUGUAUGAAAUGUUGUAAUGUUUGUAUUUUUACCUUGCUCGUAUUCUGAGAAUGCCAUUAGAAGGGUAAGGUUUAGAUUAGUUGUUAUUUUUAUACUGCCUUACUGAGCUUCUUUGCCUGUAACAACCUUUCAGGUGGUAGAUUGCCCUGUGCCAAUUCGUUAGCGAGCCAAAAUGUCAGAACCUAAAGAGCAUUCUUUGCUGAUUGCUCAUAUUUAUGUGCUCAUUCUGAAAAAAAACCAAGCAAAACAAACCUUAUCUGUUGAUUCCUUGUACACCUCUUUGGGUAGCUUACCUGUAAAAGGAGAUCCUCAGAAUCCUUCUACUGUGAUUAUGCUCUUGUGUCAGGUACACAGGCAAGCAGAAACUUGCUUUGUGGAAUUUAAAGGCAAAAGUUGCUUUUUAGAAGUAUACAGAGCCAGUGCUACUUUUGAGUAGUGGGUAGAUAAUGUCUGUUUUAAAGGGAAAUAACGGACUGUAGUGAGAAAGGGUCUGAGUUCUUAGAUGCACCAGAUAAUUUUUUUUCUGUUACUUGAAAGCUAUAGAAGAAAUUUACUUAAGGGAAAGAAGGGCAGUGAGAAGCAUUUAUGUACCUAGCUACCUAAAUGUUGCAGAAUGCAUUGUUUUUUGAGUACUUCAGUAUUCAACCUCACAUGCAGCACUCCCAAUUUUGUACUCAAAAGAUUACUGUGGACUUCCAUAAUGAGAUGACGAAGAAUAGGAUACUGGAAAAAAAAUCAGUACCAUAAUUUCUAAAUAACUCUAAGUAAUAGGAAAUUAAUUUGCAGAUAUUUUUAGUGAAAAUUAUAUAUGCUGCUUAUAGUAUAGCAAUUUUUAAAAGCAUAAGUUUGGUCCUUUGUAGUACAUUCAGCAAUUCAACAUAAAAAAUAUUGUUAAUUGUUCUUGAUUGAUUUCCUGCAAAUGUACUUAUCUGUUCUUGAGUAUUUACAAGUUUGGAUUGUCUUCAUGAUGAUUCUUUACAUCUUAUUAAUUCUGAUUCCAAAUAUGAGCUGAUUAUGCCUGUAAAAGCAAUUUUAUUGCUUAUGAUUAGUAAACUUAAGGAGCUGAGGAGCAAUCCAGAAAGGAUAUAAUUUGUGUAUUCCACUCGAUGAUCUUAAAGGUCUCUUCCAACCUAGAAAUUCUGUGAUUCUAUAGACUUUAUUUCACUGCAGGAGUUAAUCAGCAACGCACAUCAGAUUUUUUUCAUGCUCUAUCUGCUUGGACUCUGACAGGCAUCAAUGUGUACUUAGCAUUAACAUUGCAAACAGUUCUCAUUCACAUCAGUUUAAAAGAUGCAGAUGCUUAAGUUCAAAUUAAAACACUCUAUAGUGACAUUCCUAAGAAAACAAUGUAAUGGCUUACCUGGUUAGCCCAGGUUUUGUAGCACUUGACUUCUAAUUCCUGUGUGCUUAACCAAAUGAGCACCCACGCAGAGGCUGAGCUGCUGUUGGUACUCUAUUCCCCUUGAACCCAGUGAGCUUCCAGGUGAGUGGAUGAUCUAGCUGCCCAAAUCUAUUUCAUCUGUAGACCUAAUGUGCAGUCAAGCCUAGGUAUUCAACUAGUUGCCCUUAAGCUUAAUUUUGAACAUGUGCGCCGUGUUGUGGAAGAUAAAAUGUGUGAAAUACAGUUUGUUUGACUGCUUGCCACUCUGAGCAAUAUAUUUGACUUUCCUUUGACUCUCUUGCAUUUUGGAACCUUAUUCUGGAGCUUGUAGUUUUUAAAAACAAGUUAACUUCAUGUCUCAGCAAAGCUCAAUUAGAUAUGACAUUUGGAAUGAAGAACAGUACAUUGAAACAAUAACAAUUCAUCAUAUUAUGUCUCAUUCUGGCAAGCUUAAGUGUAAGAAUAUUUGCAAUCCCUGUUCCUGUUUCCCUAUACUUUCCCCAAGAUGGUGCCAGCCCAGAGCUGAGAGUUGCUAGUACUGUAUGCUAGUCAAAAAAGGAGUCUGAUCUUUCUGAUUUGUGGAGCAGGGGGUGGCAGACAAAGAGCAGGCUCUUAAUCUUAGCCCAGCAAAGGAUGAAUGUGAGAAAGUGCCUCUCUCCGUCUAGGCUUUAGCACAUAUAGAAUUUCUUUCCUUUGGUAUUUUGAGUUCUCUGGCUACUUCUGAGAUUAAACCUAGCCAGAAAAGAGCAGUAAUAAAACAGUUUUAAGUUUCCAUAUAAUGCAGAUGCAACACUUACUCUGUGUCUUUGCACUCGUAAGUUGGUUUUGAACGUACUGUUGUAGUAAUCCACAGAGCAGAUGAGGCCUCACACUGACUACCUCUCAUGCAAUAAAACCCAGGCUCAUUCAGUAGUUAAUAUUGAUUAGAGUUGAGCAUCCUUCAGCCACAUCAUUCAGGGAGGUGGUAGUGGGGGGAAGAGUAAACAAGAAAUAAUAACAAAGACCUUUAUUCCAGUGAUGUAUGUGGUAUACAUGAUACCCGUAAUACCAACUCCAACUGAAGGAAGUCCUAGGCUUCUGGUAGGAAAUAAAAAGUGAAAUUGGCUAUGCUAUAGUUUUUAUUGUGCUCUAAAAUGUAACAAAAGAUGUCAUCUGUUUCCUUCAGGCUAAGUCAGAUUUCCCGGGAUAUUGUGUCCAAAACAUACACACAGUUCUAAUUUCUGAGGAAACAUGAUGCCCUUUUACCUGUUGCAAUGUAAUUGGAUAAUGCAUGUACAAAUGACUUGUGUAGCCUGCCAAUGAAUGUUGCUAAUGCCUUACCAAAAAAAAAAAAAAAAAGAUAAAGCAUAUUUUUUGUAUUUUUCUUUUCCUCAGAGGCAAAUCCAAACAAUGCUAGAUUUGGGAAACUGUUUACUGAAAAGCAUUUUCUAAUAGAUCUCUGAAGAAGUGCAAUUGUAUAAUUACUAUUGUUCAGUGCAUACAGUACAUUGUCUCCAUCACUCUGUACACUGCUGCUAUUAGUGCUUGUUCUAAUAAAUCUCAAUGUACACUGUUUAAA